AUGCAUACAUACACACGCACGGCGAUACAGCUGAUGGAAUGGGGUUACUGGAAGGGCCCUCAGCCGUAUUCCGAAGUUGAACAGCAUGAUGCAUGCAAGGGAAACCGAUGUGAAUGCUGGCCGCGAAGUUGUGCCACAGCUUACAUGAGCUGUACUCUGCAUUACGGUGUACCGGCAGCUAGAUAUACUUCGCUAGGCGCAGGCGCAGCCGUAGCCCUGUUCAUAUUAUACAAAGAUGCGCAUGAUCCGUUACUCGGCUCGGGAGAAAGACACGUGUGGAACAAGCGCCUCUUGCUCAGCUCUGAAAUUGCCAUGGGCCGGAUAGGCUUGAUCAGGUAA